CUACCUAUGACAUGUCGUGGAGUGCUACAGACAACGGAUAUACAACAUCUAUCCUUGAGUCAAGCGAAACCAAUUACGCCCUAGGAUUCAGCAUUCCCACAGAGUGCAGAGUGGAGAUAUAUACCGCCACCAUCAAGUUCACAGUCAUGCAGAGUGUGCAAGAUGGCAACCUCGGUAUAGGCAAAUCUACGGGAUCCGUGCUCAGCGGCUGUAUUCUUACUACUGAUGGAAAGCAAAAUUACAGACAGGAUGUCGUAUUCAGCAAGAACCUUACAAUACCGACAACGAAAUGAGAAUGCAGAAAUGCACUUCGAAAUAAUUUUUCAAGAAUCUCGCAAGGUAUUGCCAGUCUGCACAUGCAUUCUUCGCUGAGCCAAAGAUUUGCCAUCAUCGAGGUCCCUAGGAAGACUGUGCACUAUGAGGAAGGCUAUCCUAUCAAAACAUCUGGGCUGACUAUUCGUGGCAUACUGGCUGGUAUGGCAAUCCUCUGUCUCGUUCCACGACUAGUCAUGAAGCGGUUCAGGGCGCAUUCAAGCCAUACGCUGGAUGUUGUUGCUGCAACAGCCAUUGGUACAGAGGACAUGAACUGUACUCGGCUGCGGAGACUACCUGAAAUCCACGCCAGCCUAGAAGGCAACUACAAGGCCGGAUACAGCCUUGUUCUUAGCAACUGCGACAACUAUGCAAAGCGGCGGAUCACGUUUGAGUUGCUUCACGAGUAAGACAUAAAGCACAUUUAC